AUGACGACCACGUCUGCUCUCGAUAGACAACUUCUGGCAGCACUCAAGUCUCGAGACGAACGUCUUAUACGACGACGGCUGCCCGAUCCAACAUCGUCCACCACAUCGACGCUCAUCGACUUCAACACAAAUGAUUAUCUCUCUUUGGCCAGUUCACCAGUUCUGCGGCGCCGUUUUCUUGAAAAGCUACAAGAUGCACCAGAUGUCCUGGGCUCCGGUGGCUCUAGGCUCCUCGUGAACGGGUCAGCACACAGUGCUUUAGAAGCCAGAUUGGCAGAGUUUUUCGACUCUCCAGCCGCACUACUCUUCAACUCAGGAUUUGACGCCAAUGUUGGUUUUUUCUCGUGUAUACCGCAACCGGGAGACGUGUUGGUGUAUGACGAGUACAUUCAUGCAUCGGUACACGACGGCAUCCGUGCAUCCCGGGCCCACGACUCGCAGUAUUCUUUCCCACAUAACUCACUGCAAGCCUUUCGGAACUUGUUAGUGGGGCUUCGGUACGAACGUCCGUCCUUGGCAGCGGGAGAGAGUAGUGUGUUCGUCGCUGUGGAGAGCUUGUACAGCAUGGAUGGGACCUUUGCGCCCCUGCAGGAGUUUGUGGAAAUGCUCGAGGAAGUAUUUCCACGAGGUAACGGAUACUUGGUGGUGGAUGAAGCACAUUCCACGGGAAUUUACGGCCCCCAAGGUCGAGGGAGGGUGGCCAUGAUGGGAUUGGAGAACAGAGUGUUCGCACGGCUUCAUACCUUUGGUAAGGCUCUGGCUGCAACCGGGGCUGUCCUUUUGACAACACCGCUAAUACGAGAUUAUAUGCUCAACUACGCACGAUCAUUGAUCUAUACAACGUCACUCAGUUUCUUAAAUAUCAUCGCGGCUGACGCAUCUUUCGACAUGCUAGUGGACGGAACCGCGCGAAUACUAUCGGAAAAUCUUAUGGACACAUCAUGGUAUUUUACGCAAUCACUCAGUCAACGACUUGUAGCCGUCCCUCCCGACCUCCUUUCUUUGCCUCCAAGCUUGGAGGCAUCUCCCAUUAUCCCUAUCAUGACUUCACAGCCACGACCAUUGUCUGCCUUCCUAUACGCGCGUGGGAUGAAUGCCCGCCCAAUAACUUGGCCGACAGUACCGAAGGGUAAAGACCGGGUUAGAGUGUGUCUUCAUGCAGGUAACUCGAGAGAGGAUAUCGACAGACUUGUCAAUGGUAUGAUAGAUUGGGCAGAGAGUAUAUAUAAACAGAACGGGCAACAAGCAGGACUUGAGUAG